CAAACGGAAGUUCAGACACGGAAGUCGUUGUAUUUGCUUCUACUAUGUGAAUAGUUGUGUUGUUCCUCUGCCCUCUAUUUGAUUCGUUUUAAUUAAUAAAUACUCCAUCGUCGAUUAUGGUGCGAGGCAGUUUGUUAAUAAGAUUCAAAUUGAUUCACUGCUGGUAAUGUAAGCUGAAGUCUUGUUGCGCUCAAACCGGACUUCAGCAGCUGUGAGAGAUGGAGGAGCUCUACACUUUAGAGAGGGAGGUGGGACGAGGCAGCUAUGGUGUGGUCUUUGAGGGCCAUAUGGCCAAAACAGGACAGAGAGUGGCUAUCAAGCGGCUGCCCUGCAGCAACCCGGAGUGUAUUGAACUCUAUCUGCAAGAGCUGUGGGCCAUGAGAGCCACAGCCAAGAACCAUGUCAAUGUCAUUGCACUCCACAGCUGCCUCCUGCAGACUGGGCCAAGGAGCCUGAAGCCCCUAAAACCAGGGAAACUGCCUCCACGUCUAGUUGAGAGUGUGCUAAAGGGCAGAGUGGCUGGAGCAUCACAGAGCCAAGAAAGGAAUAACACCCAGCGGAGGACUAACUCCGUCCCAAGACUCCAGGACAGAACCAAUGCUGUUCAGGCCAGGCCAAAGCUUGAUGAGAAGACUAAAACGAAUACAUCUGAUUCUACAACCCCACAAAGGCCUCAAAUCAGAGCCAGAAAGAGAUCGGCCCAGAGGGAGGAAGAGCAGCCGGGACCCCUGCGAUGCUUGGCCCUUUGGCUCGUCAUGGAGUACUGUGAUGGGGGCGACUUGAAUCAGUACCUGCUCUCCAGGCCACCUGACUCCCAGCGUAACCACAGCAUGGUGCGACAGCUCUGCAGUGCUUUGGCCUUCCUGCAUAGUCUGGGUAUCACCCACAGAGACCUGAAGCCUGACAACGUGCUGGUCUGUGUGACACCCAAAGGCCCUGUUGUCAAGGUGGCAGACUUUGGUCUGAGCAAGAUGAGUGAAGGUCUGGUGGAUGGUGAUCUGACCAGGCAGCACUUCUCCUCCACUUGUGGCUCUGACUUCUACAUGGCUCCAGAGGUGUGGGGUGGACUGAACUACACAGCCCAGGCAGACAUCUUCUCCCUGGGUGUGUUGUUCUGGGCGGUCCUGGACAGAAUCACCUUCUUGGAAGAAGGAUCCGCACAGGAACAGCUGGGUGCCUACGUGUGUAAGGGUCGCUCGGGCUGGUUGAUUCCUCUGGGGGAAGCUUUGUGGGAGAAUGCCGACCUCCAGCUGUGUAUCCCUAUGAAGUUUAAGAGAGCGCCCCCACUGCCACCCCCUCCUGGUCCAGCCAUGUGCACCCUGCUUUUAGACAUGCUCGCCUCAAACCCAGAUGCUCGGCCCUCAGCAGACCAGCUGGAGGCCAGGGUGCACUCUGCUCUGAAAGAGGACUCCCACUGACAAAGUGCACUUAACAGACCAUAAUGGCUGUAACCACCACAGCCACUACAUGGAAAUAUCGACUGCAGUGCUUCCUACAUGUGUAAGCAAUAGCCACUUUGCAGCCACAGGGAAGUUGGGAUACGAAAUAUGUAUGAUUAUCAGGGAUUGCAGGUGUUUUUGUUGUCACAGAAAAAAAGAUACAUUUCUAAGCUGUGUAGAAAAUUAUAUAAAGGGUAAAUAGUAAUAAAGACGCUCACUGAACUGCAAACAGAACAUGCAAUGUUAUCAAACAAACCCAUAUAGAGAUCUAGUGGGACUAUCUCAGGCUAUUUGUGAUGUCAGCACCAUGCUGUUGCUUAGGCUUUAAAUGCUUGACAUAGAAAAUCGAUUUUAGUGUGUAUAUAUGACUGAAAGGAAAUGCAAGGGAUUACUGCUGCUGCUUUUUGUCUGGGUCAACAUAGUUCAUAUUAUCUCCAAUUAAUUUGGGUGUUACUUUUGACUUGAUUUGAAGAUAUUGACCUUUUUUACUUGUUGGAAAAUGUAGCUACCAUUUCAUUAUUUUGUGAUUUUAUAAUUUUAUGUUCAAACUUGUUUUUUUUUCUCCCAAAUAUACAUACACUGAAUUUGAUCAAUUAUCUUUGAAAUAAUGUUUUAAUAAUAAAAUAAAACUGCCUUUAUUGGAUCAGGGUUGUAUACUUUAUCAGCCAAUAUAUAGAGAUUUCAGCAUUGGCCUGAAAAAUCCAGUAUCUGUCCACUCUAAUAUUACCUAAAUAUUUCCAACACACUGAUGUAGCAUAUGUCUUAAAUAUGUAAAGUAAGUGAUUUAAAAAAGUAAAUAUUUGUAAUAGAUCCCAGUACAGCACUAAAUACCUUUGUGAAACUUAGCAAAUCUUAAUUGUUGUUAAUACUGUCAGCAACAGGUGCUGUGCCAAUUUCUUACGUAGGGUGUGGCAUAUUUUUAUUUAUUUUUUUUAACAAAUGUCUUAUGUAUAAAUAAGGUGUAGUAUAGCCUAAACACGUGCAAUAGAUUUGAGUUAGUCUUUAUUUUUUUUAAAACUAAAAAGCUUUACACACAAAUUUAAACAUGACUUAGUUUUUCUUAUUUUAAAAUGUUUUCCUUGUUAAAAGUUAAGUCAAACUAUGUAACUGUUAGCAUUUUUGUGACAUCUGCACUGGCUCGAAGUGACUGACGAUCACUAAUACACCGUCCCCUCAUGAACAGGAAAUUAAAGCCAGACAUUAGGAUUGUUGCUGAUCGUAUCCAUGCAGACUCCACAGCAUUUAUUACUGGUCAUCAGUCUUGGUCAUUGACCAUCCAUAUCUUAGAUGACUACAUAUUUCACUUGCCUGAAAAAAAAAAAAUUAUAACGGCAACCGCUUUCUAACCACUUUUGCACAGAAUAUAAGUGAACCUGUACAUGAUGCGUAGUAAAAUGUUUCGUAAAUUCAUGCUUAGCAGUUUUACAGUGAGGAUAGUGACCCACAGAAAGAAGCCUUCAGAAUAAAUGCAUUAUGAACAUAAAA